CUUUGCUAGAGAGGCCGAGGGAGGGUUUGCUUUUGCAGGGCGACAGAGGACUGGGGCGGGGGAAACCAGGCAGCCGGAGCCCCGGAAGGUUUCCUUGGGACCAAGGGAAUAAAGGUGUCUUUUCCCAGAUGGAGGUGACUCAGUGGAAGGGGCAGGAGAUGGAAGAGCAGGACCCAGGAGGACCUGGAACUGGCAAGACAGCAAGCAAAGGCCCCCUUCUCCUCCAAGCUGGGAGUGGUGUUGCAUUCUGGGAAAGAGCUCUGCCAGAGACCCUGGCUAAGGACACCAUGACCUCAGAUGUCCAUUGCCAACGCUUCCGGCAGUUCUGCUACCAUUGGGCUGAUGGGCCCCGAGAGGUUUGCAGCCAGCUCCAUGGACUUUGCAGCCAGUGGCUGGAGCCGGAGAGGCACACCAAGAAGCAGAUCCUGGACCUGGUGAUCCUGGAGCAGUUCCUGACUCUCCUGCCCCAGGAAAUGCAGUGCUGGGUCAGAGAAUGUGGGCCAGAGACCAGUUCCCAGGCGGUGGCCCUGGCCGAAGGUUUCCUCCUAAGUCAAGCAGAGGAGAAGAGGCAGGCAGAACAGAUGUGGCGACCAUCCCUGAAGACAGAAGCGACAUUCCCUGAGGCAGAAGGAGCUUCCUUGGAGCAGGGGGAGAGGAUGCAGGCCCAGGAAUGUGCCCAAGAAGCCCUCUCCUGUGGCAGUGGAGAGAUGCUUUUGAACCGUUAUCUUUCAAGAGGUGUGGAAACGGCUGCUACACCUCCAGUCCAGUGUUCCUUUUCCUUUGAGGAGGUGGCCGUGUAUUUCACCGUGGCAGAGUGGGCCCUGCUGGAUCUGGACCAAAGAGCUCUCUACUGGGAAGUCAUGCUGGAGAACUAUGAGAACGUGGCCUCUCUGGCAGCGGACAAUCAGAGGAAUGAGGAGGAUGAGGAAUUUGAACUGCAAUUACUAGAUAAAGUCAGUUGUGAAGACUUCAAAGGAAAUGUCAGGAAUCAAGGCAGACCUGAGAGAAAGAAAGACAGCCAUUUGAUUGAGAACAGCGAUGAAAGAAAGUGUAAUAUCCAUUUUCCAAAGCAUAAUAUAAUGAAGACAAGUAAAGCCAUUCAGUGUGAAAAGUAUUUCAUAUACAGAUCACAGUUUCUUGUGAAUCAAAGAAUGCAAAAAGGAGAGGAUACUUUUGAAUGCUCAGAGUGUGGGAAAAGAUUCAGUCAUAGUGGCUGUUUUCAAGUGCAUGAAAGAACCUACAUAGGGGAGAAACCUUUUGAAUGCUCAGAGUAUGGAUUCACUACAAGUGGCAGUGUUCAAUUGCAUCAAAGAAACCACAUCUGGGGAGCCCACACAAGGGAGAAAUCUUUUGAAUGCACAGAGUGUGGAAAGAGAUUCAGUCAUAGCGGCAGUCUUCGAGUGCAUAAAAGAACCCACACAGGGGAGAAACCGUUUGAAUGCUCAGAGUGUGGGAAAAGAUUCACUCAGAGUAGUAGUCUUCAACGGCAUAAAAUAACCCACACAGGGGAGAAACCGUUUGAAUGUUCUGAGUGUGGAAAGAAAUUCAGUCGGAGUAGCUAUCUACAAGAGCAUAAAAGAAUCCACACAGGAGAGAAACCUUUUGAAUGCUCAGAAUGUGGAAAGAGAUUCAGUGAGAGUGGCAGUCUCCAAGUGCAUAAAAGAACCCACAAAGGGGAGAAACCAUUUGAAUGCUCAGAGUGUGGAAAGAGAUUCAGUCGGAGUAGCUAUCUUCAAGAGCAUAAAAGAACCCACACAGGGGAGAAACCAUUUGAAUGUUCUGAGUGUGGAAAGAAAUUCAGUCGGAGUAGCCAUUUUCAUCUGCAUCGAAGAACUCAUACAGGGGAGAAACCUUUUGAAUGCUCAGAAUGUGGAAAGAGAUUCAGUGCACGUAGUCAUCUUCAUUAUCAUCAAAGAACCCACACAGGAGACAAGCCUUUUGAAUGUUCAAAGUGUGGAAAGAGAUUUAGUCAGAAUAGCCAUCUUCAAGAGCAUAAAAGAACGCACACAGGGGAGAAACCUUUUGAGUGCUCAGAGUGUGGAAAGAAAUUCACUCAGAGUAGCCAUCUUCAAGAGCAUAAAAGAACCCAUACUGGGGAGAAACCUUUUGAAUGCUUAGAGUGCGGAAAGAGAUUCUGUCGAAGUGGCCAUCUUCUGUAUCACCAAGGGAUCCACACAGGGGAAACCCACACAAGGGAGAAACUUUUUGAAUGCUCAGAAUGUGGAAGGAGAUUCAGUGAGAGUGGCAGUCUUAAAGUACAUAAAAGAACCCACACAGGGGAGAAACCAUUUGAAUGUUCAGAGUGUGGGAAGAGAUUCAGUCAGAGUAGUAGUGUUCAGCGGCAUGAGAGAAUCCACACAGGGGAGAAACCAUUUGAAUGCUCAGAGUGUAGAAAGAGAUUCAGUCGGAGUAGCUAUCUUCAAGUGCAUGAAAGAACCCACACAGGGGAGAAACCUUUUGAAUGUUCUGAGUGUGGAAAGAGAUUCACUCAGAGUAGCCAUCUUCAACAGCACAAAGUAACUCACAGAGCCAAUUUACCAAUUCCAAUUUAUUACGGUCAAUUGACCAGCAAUAACGAUAUACAAAAUCUCAUAGAUAACGGACCACAAUUUCUGACUACAUAAAAGCAUUCUCAUAUUCAAAUUCCACCAAUGUUAAACCUUAAAAGUGGCAUUAUUAACCAUCUCUACUUUGUUAAAAACUUCUGCUUAUUUACGACUAAAAACAAUAUUUUGCUACUGCCUGAGUUACAGACUGCCUCCGAUAAGACAGUAUUUCAGUAGCAUGACAUCUGCAAAUUUCAGAUAAUUAUCUAGAGGUUUAAAUUUAGAGAGUAAUGGAAAUAUUAACUGCUAUCUCUCUCUGGAAUAGAGCUUACAAUGUAAAAGAAUGUGUGUGACAGUUUGAACUUCCUUUUCUGAGCAUAUACAGCAUCUUUGGUGGAUAGGGUUAUAGCGUAGAAACUGUUUGAAUGCUCUGAGUGUGGAAAGAGAUAUAUUUGGAGUGCAGUGUCCUCAAAAAACCCACACAGAGGUCAAUCCUUCUGAAUGUUCAGAGCGUGGGAAGAGAUUCAGUCAGAGUGGCCUUCUUCAGUCAAGAGCAUCACAAAACCCACACAGGGGAGAAAUCUUUUUUUUUUAAUUUUCAAAAAAAACUUUAUUGAACUAUAAACUCCAGUUACAGCAAUAUCUGAAUUCAUAAAGUACUAUAGCACAUACAUUACAAAUUAUAUACUCAGAAAAUAGAUAAAAAAUUUAACAUAAAUGCUAAAAUACAAAUAUCAACUAUACAAACAAGUGAAAGAGACUAUUCUGCACAGUAUCUGAAGUAAUAUAAAAUAACAUAUAAUACUUUGAAUUACCAUUAAUUAAUAAAAAGCGCAAAGUCCA